UUUCGCAGUUGCUUCUUCUAUCCGUAUCACUCUUCCUUCCUUUACUGGCGACGUUUUGGGUCUUUUAUCUCAUCCUUUGGCCCAAACUCUUAAUUAUCAUUGUUUGGGUAUUGGUCAAAACCUACAUGUUCUGGACUGUUUGGUAUUUCCUUAAAGAAAUGGCUGGAAAUGGAGCAGUCGACAAAGUUCUCGCCGUCCUGUCGGAUGCAGAGUGGAAGAAUUCUUUGGUGGGAAUGCUACGGCAAAUGGGACAAACUUAUUUUCGGGCAAGGGCAAUAUUUUUGUAGGAACUCCGAUUUAGUUUAGUUUAGUCGUGGUUACAAUAUUUGUGCAAAAUUUCCGUAGCUAAACCGUACGUGAGAAAUUUCGAAAUUCCCCUAUCCCGGUUACACAUUGAUCAGGCGACACCACUAGGCAGCGGGGAAUUUGGAGUAGUUUACAAGGUAGAACUUUACUCUGAGGCAGGAAAAAAAUCAUAUGGAGAAAACAUCGUGGAUUGUCAGGUUGUUGCUGUAAAAACUGUAGCGUCCACGGCAGAUAUUGUAUAUUUGAAGGCGCUGCUCAUAGAACUCCAGAUGCUGCACUAUAUAGGAAGCCAUGGCAACCUUGUAAACCUGAUUGGGGCGUGCACUACGGAAGUUAGAGGACGGAAGCUACACAUCGUAGUAGAAUAUUGCCGGUAUGGAAGUAUCCUUUCAUAUUUAAGGGUAAACAGACACAAUUUAAGGAAUGAGUUUCAACAAACUCCUGAUCUGGGGAGUGGGUACAUCUGCACAAUUGAGGAUCCCUUGCGGGUUAAGGACCUAAUACAACGGACGUUCGAAACAGCGCGGGGAAUGGAGUACAUUGCAAGCAAAAAUAUAAUCCAUUGCGACGUGGCGGCACGAAAUGUUCUCCUCUCGCCUAACAAAACAUCAAAAAUUGCAGACUUUGGCUUAUCUAAAAAAAAUUAUCUUUGCCCGACUUACACAAAACACAGCCAGGAACCUUUGGCUUGGAAAUGGGCAGCCAUAGAAAGUUUGACAGACAUUGAAAUGAUAAUGAAAUUCUCUUGUUCGGACGUCCGGUCAUUUGGAUUAACUGCGUAGGAGUAUUUCUUUGCUGGAGCAGUUCCGUAUCCAGGAAUCCACUACGGCAAUGAAUUUCUUACUCAACUUCGCUCAGGGCAACUAUUCCCGUAUCAACCGGAGUUUGCAAAUUCCAAAAUUCUGCACUCUCAAUAGCCAGUCUCCAUAUGCAGUCCAGUCCCAGUCUGGCGGUGGGACUGGCGGUGGGACUGGGACUGGCGGUGGGACUGGCGGUGGGACUGGC